UUGCGCGGUGACGAAAACAAUAGCGCUGGCUAGUGCAGGAUCAAGAUACACUACUCGCUCCACUCUCGGUCCAGACACAUCCCAUCGUUAGCCGAGUUAGCUGAGUAGCUGUUUUAUUUUUGUUGCCAAAAUGUCAACCACGACCGGCGGCGGAGAGUUUGGCAACCCGCUCCGAAAGUUCAAGCUCGUCUUCCUGGGCGAACAGAGUGUUGGGAAGACCUCACUCAUCACCAGGUUUAUGUAUGACAGUUUCGACAACACUUAUCAGGCAACAAUUGGCAUUGACUUUUUGUCAAAAACCAUGUACCUAGAAGAUCGCACGGUCCGACUCCAGCUUUGGGACACUGCUGGACAGGAGCGUUUUCGUAGCCUAAUUCCCAGCUACAUCCGUGACUCUACCAUUGCUGUGGUUGUUUAUGACAUCACCAAUCUUAAUUCAUUCCAGCAAACCUCAAAGUGGAUUGAUGACGUUAGAACAGAGAGAGGAAGUGAUGUCAUUAUCAUGCUUGUUGGGAACAAAACAGACUUGGCGGAUAAAAGACAAAUCACCACGGAGGGGGGCGAGCAGAGAGCUAAGGAACUGAAUGUCAUGUUCAUUGAAACCAGCGCAAAGACUGGCUACAAUGUCAAACAGUUGUUCCGUCGUGUUGCAGCUGCAUUGCCAGGGAUGGAUAGCACACCAGAGAAGAGCAAAGAGGACAUGAUCGACAUCAAACUGGAGAAACAGCCAGAAAUGACUGUCACCGAGAGCAGCUGCUCAUGCUAGUACACCUCACCCCCGCCCAGCCUGUCUCCUCCCCACCAACAGCUUGUCUCUCAGUGGCCACUCUCCCCACCCUUGGCGCAUUGCCAUUGGGAUGGAGGACCUGUCUUUUUUUCCCUUUUCAACUCAGUGACUUUUCAGAGUAUCCGUGUGGAUGUGCAUUACUGUAUUGAAGCAGAUUAUCUGGGGGGGAGGAUGGUUCAAAACUAAACAUUUAAAACAAGGAAUAAGUUAACUGAUAUGUUGAGAUUGUCAUCCAGUUGCAUGGCAUUAUAUAGGACCGCCGACUGACAUUGCUAAGCGCUCAUGAGUUAUUGCACAGUUCAGAAUCUUAGUGCUGUUACUCUUGUCAUUGUUGUAAAGUAAAACUGCUUGGGAUUAUUUUUUAUGACUCUGCAAAGGCUGAGUUAUGAGCCCAUUGUAUUUAACUUUUUUUUAUUUCUUCAUUAUCUGAGAUAUUAUUAUAGGUCCCAGAUAUCUGAUUAUUUUCUGACUAUUUUGAGGAAGAAGAGACAGGAUCUUACCGGUGAUAUUACGUCAUUACUAACCAUCAUAUUACCACACUAGGCUCAAAUUAUGUAAUUGCAGAGGGUCAAUGGUCUAUUCAUUAGUAUAAUUUAUAUGUUAUCUAAACUAAUACAAACCAAACCAACCAAAUUUAAAUAAUUUGACACCGUAUUUGAAACAUUUCUGCAAAAGGGGAUGUGUAACCAAGUGAUAUCAUUUUCAUUUUUAAAGGGAAGUUGCCCAAAAUUCCCUAUACUAGCUACUAACAUGAAACUAUUUCUGCAUUAAAACUACAGCGACUUGUCUGCGAAUUAGCUGCACGCAUACUAACACGUCUGAGGAGGAGUCCUCAGUUAUUAGGUGCCCCUGAGGUUUGAAAUGAAAAAGAGCCAUUGUUCAGUUUUUUCCACGCCGACGGAAGGUUGUCACUUUGGACACAAUGACGUACCCACUAUCUCAUUGAAAAUGGGUGUUGUGUUGAUUACACUAUUGCAAGACCAUGCAGCAUGCUCACCAUGCAGGAUUUAUAUGGAUAAGAACACAGAUGCCUUGCUUGUUUGUUCACCAACGUUGUGCACUGAAUCAAGCCACAAUAUUGUAAGAUAUAAAAGAAGCCUGCUGACUGGUUCAUGGCUUCACUCGUUUUGUAGAGCUGGUAGAUAAGAGUUUGUCCUCAGAUGCAGCCGACGCUUACUAACACCCUUGCUGUAAAAAAAGUGCAGAGAAGUAAAUCGCAGUAUCCUUUUUGCUGUAUUGCUAUCGCCUGUGUAGGACUGUUGGUUUUAUGUUUAUUUAUUUUGUAACUUGGACAUACAGAUUAAAUUGUACGCUUGACCAAAAGUACAGAUGCUGACACGCAUGUUAAAAGUUUAUUUUAUUUAUUGUUUGCGUGUCUGCUGGGACCCCAACUAAAAGGCGACAUUGAGGCCUGGUGAUGUUUUUUCCUGUCACGCUGCAAGAAAUAACUUGGUGCACUGUGUGUAGUCGGUAGUUUGGUUUACAGUCGCAGGUAAAUGCUGCACCAUCUCUAGGCUAACACACACAUUGUAACACAAACCACCUAACUAGUCACAGCACGACAAAAGACACUUGUCAUUUGCUGUAGCUUGUUUUGAAAUGGUUUUUUAAAAUUUAAGUAUUUAAUGACAUCAAACAACCAUUUUAACAUGAGCAGCUCUUCUAUUACUUGUCACUGACUAAAUACUCGGCUUUGUGCUAUUCUGAAUUGUGUCUGUCCAUUUGAAAUAUGCUGUCUACUUGUGUUUAGCAACGUUUGUGUGAAUACUGUACUAUUACUAUCUGAUGUAUAAAAGGAGAGUUAAUGAAACAAGUGUAGGCCUAUCACGUGGAAUAAAAUAAAGAUAUUUCACCAAAA